GCAUGAGGUUGUCGCUUCGGAGCUGUUGAGUAAUAAACAAAACAAAAGUGUUUGUUGUGAGUGAAUUUAAUCAAUUUGGGGCCGGGGAUGUUGGGAAUUGGUGGUACCUCAGGUGCCCAGCAAAAUGUGCUCCACUCCGAUGAAUAGAAUUUUCCACUGGGGACCACUUACCGCUUUUGGAAUAAUAAAGAUCAUAACCCUGAUGACAAUUCAUUGCAGCAGACAGUGGUGGUCUCCCCAGGAGAGUAUCUCCGGUGCUGCAAAUUUUUUACUAUUUUUCAGUCUGAGUGGAUCGACAAUUUACCACUUUAUCACAGCCAUCUACGAGGGUCCAGGGUAUCUCCCUCUAAAAUGGAAGCCGGAGAAGCUGGAAGACACACAGUAUCUGCAAUUCUGCAGAAUAUGCGAGGGUUACAAGGCACCACGUAGUCAUCACUGCCGCAAAUGUGGUCGUUGCAUCCUGAAAAUGGAUCAUCACUGUCCCUGGAUAAACAAUUGCGUGGGCCACAGAAAUCACGGUCACUUCACAGCCUUUUUAGCAAGUGCAGUUGGUGGAUGCUGUGUAUCGACAGUUAUACUCGUCUGCUGGUUGCUGACGAUUUUAUCCCGAAGAAAUAUCAAUUUUCCGCCACCAUCAGUGUUCACUCUAGUCAUCGUAGUCUUCACGAUUGGACUCUCCAUCGGGGUUGUCCUGGCCGUGGGGAUGCUCCUCUAUUUCCAACUGUCAGCGAUCAUUCGAAACACGACGGGAAUCGAGGACUGGAUCAUCGAGAAAGCGAAAUAUCGAAGAUUGGGUACUAAAGAUCAAUUUAUUCACCCCUAUUCAAUAAAAUGGAACGUCAACAUCAGGCAAGUGCUCAAGUGGCACUGCGAACCGGAUGGCGAUGGCAUAAUAUGGCCAGUACGAGAGGGCUGUGAUCAAUACACACUCACAAGAGAGCAAGGUUAUCAAAAGCAGGAGAAACGUCGCAGGGCACGAAGAUAUCGUACAAUUUUCAAAGUGUCAGGCUCCUGGAUUCCAAUAACCUACGGCUGGCGAGUGAUUUGUCAUCCACCGUGCACAGAUGAGCCCAGGAUCAGACUCGAACCUGAGGAUAUCGUCACCGUCACCCGAUGGCGAAGACACUGGCUGUUCGGAGAGAAAAUGCAAGAACGUGACGAUCCGAAGAUGCGCGUAAAAGGAUGGUUCCCACGUAUUAGUGCUAUCGAGGUCGUGGAGAACGAGGAUUACACCGACUCCUUCUCGAAGGACGACUGAAGAUUGUUGUUGCGUAAUACAACAAAAUCCCUCGUAAAUCCCAGAUAUGUGAUCAGUAAAUUUUCAAUUUUUUUCUCCUCCAUUCAUUAACAGUUUUUAUUGAAUUGCUAUUCUGCACAUGCGAGGGACUACAAGAUAAUUGUAAUUACAUGUAAUCCAUGAUUUUUAAUGAGCCGUUAUAAUGGCACACCGUUGGAUAUCCAAGGACAAACGUCUGGAGGAACGUUCCCUCGACCAUUUCCGUGGAGUUAUGUUUAUUCUAACAAUCUAGACGAAUAAAUCUUGAUUGUUGAAAAAAUCCUGUCUAUUUAUGCUGGUGCGGCACGAGAUUAAUUAAAUAAAAAAUUUUUUAAUCGUU